CUCGGUGGUACUUGAAGAAGAACGUUUUGAGCAAUUCAAACAGGGACAAUAUUAUCCUGCUAACAUCGGCGAUGUGCUUACUUCCAGAUACCAGGUUAUCGGUAAACUUGGUUUUGGGACUACUUCGACUGUAUGGCUGGCUCGCGAUCUUGAGUAAGUCAUUGCAUGUCUACUUAUCGUAAUCCAACACUGACCCACUGAAACAACCAGAGGUCACCGAUAUGUGACACUCAAAAUCUACACUCUUGGCGAAGAUAGCCAGGAAGAGUUUCAGAUCUAUAAGAACCUAAAUCAAGGGAGUUCACGGCACCCUGGUCAUGCUCAUAUAAGAAAAGCCCUAGAUAUCUUCACAAUAUCCUCUUCACGUGGUAGCCAUUCGUGUCUUGUUCAGAACCCGAUGUGGGAGAGCUUCAGGGACCUCCUUUAUCGAAAUCCUAAUCAUCGAUUUACUGAAGAUCUCCUCAAAUCUGGUCUUAUGCAAAUAUUUCUUGCACUUGACUACUUACACACCGAGUGCAAGCUUGUCCAUACGGACAUUAAAAGCGAUAACAUUCUCCAGGAAAUAGAAGACAAGUCCAUUCUUGAAAGUUUUACCCAAGCUGAACUGAAGAGCCCUUCACCCCGCAAAAUCGUCAAUGGUUUGCCAAUUUACACGUCACGCCGUUUUGACUUGCCGAAGGUAUUUGGCCGAGCGGUUUUAAGUGAUUUUGGCUCUGCUGUACGAGGAGAUGAGAAAAGGAACCACGAUGCACAGCCAAAUGUUUAUAGGUCGCCGGAAGUCAUGCUGAAGACUGAUUGGAGCUAUCCGGUCGAUAUAUGGAAUGUUGGUGCCGUGGGGUGGGAUUUGUUUGAGGGGAGACAUCUUUUCUACGGAAAUGACCCUGAUGGCAAAGGGUAUUCGACCCGGGCACAUCUUGCAGAAGUUAUGGGUUUUCUAGGGCCACCACCUUUAGAUAUGCUCCAACGUGGGAAACGAAGCCAUGAGUUCUUUACAAGCGAUGGUAAGUAUUAACUAAGUAUUUUCUCGCUCAGUGCACCUAGUGGAAAACUUACGAAGACAACCUUACAGGGAAAUGGAAACAGGACCUAGAAAUUCCGACGGGGGUCAGUCUAGAGCUGUCGGAAGAGUUUCUCGACGGAAAAAGUAAGGAGAUGUUUAUAGCUUUCAUGAGAGGGAUGCUUCAGUGGCGACCUGAAGAUAGGAAGACAGCGAAGGAACUACUGCAGGAUCCGUGGUUGAAUAGCUAACUAUUAGUUAAUGAGAGAAAUUUUGGUUCUUUUCUCUGUCGCUAUCCUAGAACCUGCUCCAUUAGUUAACUAUUUGGUUAACUAGUUAGAUCUAUAUGUUCUGUCAUUCUAAAAGUAGGAAAAUAUUAAUCCCAACAGAACUACAAUUGAGGACCCCAAUUGACUUCAAAAAAGGUGCUUACAUUGAUCAAGGUUUGAACACAAAGGCCCUGCAAAAGGUACAGUCCAUGGAUAUUUUUGAAUUGGAGUAUCGACUGCCAAUGUUGUAAGAAGUUGGCUAGUUAACUUAGUGAGUAAUGGCCCCUGAGAAGAUUUGGGCACCUCCCAUCUUUGUCCUUGCGUCAAGGGGAAAAAGCUUUGAUAUCAGCUCGGAGGUCAAUUAGAAAUAGACGGGGAAUCCACAUCACUAGCUUUAUUGCCGUCACAUUCCAGUUAACCGGGAUGAGCCCGUUUGGAGAUCAUCCCCACAACUCCUAAUCCCCCUUACAUAGUUACAGGACGUUCCAGUACAGCUUCUCAGUCUUUAAAAUAUAUUGAGUUAGGCAUUCUCACUUUCGCCUAUGCAAGCGCUCAUGCUCAGAGAGGAUCAAGCACGCGAAAGUUAAGAGCCUCACUGCCACCCAAACCCGGAAAGCGGGCACCCGGAUAUUAGUUAUGUGAAUGUUACAAAGGUUGGAACCUCCGAAACGAGGCGCCGAACGAUUGACAUUGCAUAUUUCUAGGCUGUUUCGCUAGUUAUUAUGUAGCAUGCAUGAGUGGGCUGGUCUUGACACGCCAUCUGCAGAAUACGAGGCUGUCUUCUGUUGACACUUCUGAAGACAGCUCUCUCAGAGUCAAGAGGAAGCUCGUUAGCCGUUGACAGCUUAUUGGUUAGUUGGAUGAGAUUGAGGAAACACUCGGCGGGAGGGGCCCCAAUCC